CUAGCUUCUGAAGAGUGUUGCAUGGGCAGUCUUUUGUCUUCUCAGAAUAAAGGAUAAUGCCGGGCCUGGUGAGAAAACUUCUGAUCAUCGCGGCAGUUGACGGCUUGAUACUUCAACCGUAUGGAAAUGGAACUCGCAACUAUGGCGGUGCGGGGUCUCCCUCGCUGCAAAUCGACUAUAAGACUCCUCGAAUGCAACCGCUGUUGACAGACCGCACUGUUCACGCCAGGAACGACAAGCGACUUGAGGCGCAUGGGGUUAUCGGGAUACUCUCCGUUGCUUCAUAUUCCUUCCUGAUAUCGAUUACCCAGCGGGAGCAGGUGGCUCAAAUUCUAGGAAAACCGAUUUUUAUAAUAACAGGCGUCGCGGUUAUACCCUUGUCGUCACAGACAGAUGCCUCCAAAGCGAUCGUGCACGCACAGCGCUCCUUGAAAACGGAGUCCGCGUUUGGGGCUGAUGGCACCUCGGAUAAUGAAACGGAUCAAUCCGAAGCGCCUGAUCAAGAGGAUAUAAACCCGGAUUCAUUGCCCCCUCCUCUUGAUCGAGAAAAGCAGAUACCUUCCGUUCAACCCAACAGCCACAUUGCUGAAGAUGUUAUCAAGAAAAGAGGUCGCUAUCGUAGAUUUGCAAGUCAAUGGUUCUUUGAAAAGCUAUGGCAAGGCGAAAAUAAGCCAUCCAGGGAUGUGGAGUUCAGAAACCUGAGUAAUCCAUCCGCCAGAGGGCGAAAUCAUAACGACCCCCAAAUGCACGAUGCUAUGGAACUUGAAGAAUUUGAUUCCUCAGGACGGAAGUUGGUGCCGUCUCCACGGCCCGACGAGAGUGAAGAACGAGCUCAUGAGCUGAUGCCAAAAUUUUUACGAUAUACCAAAAUGUUUUUUGGCUCAAGAAGUUUUUAUUUUUCCUAUGAUUAUGAUAUCACAAGAAGAUUUAGUUUUCAAGAUCCUCAAGUUUCCCGAUUACCUCUAUCAACUAGAGCUGAUCCAUUGUUUUUCUGGAAUAGACAUUUGCUGUCACCCUUUAUAGAAAGUGGAGAGCUUGACUUUGCCCUUCCUGUAAUGCAAGGCUUUAUCGGUCAGCAGGAAUUCACUGCUGAACCCCUCCUUGGUCCAAGUGAUACUCAUGCCGGUGGAGAAGUCUGUGACCCUGUUGGCGAGGACGAGAAUCCUGCUCCACCAUCGCCUGGAGGAAAUGAUAGGUUCCUCCUUACUCUCAUCUCUCGUCGAUCCAUUAAGAGAUCUGGAGUUCGGUAUCUUCGCCGAGGUGUCGAUGAUGAAGGUAACACUGCGAAUAUGGUCGAGACAGAACAGAUACUAUCCCGGCCGUCGUGGGAUCCUACUUCAAAGGUAUAUUCCUUGCUGCAGCUACGUGGAUCAAUUCCACUGUACUUUUCGCAAUCACCCUACACAUUUAAGCCGAUCCCUGUACUUCGACAUUCCGCUUCCACAAAUCAACUUGCUUUUGAUAAGCAUUUUCACGACAUUGGAAUGAGAUAUGGAAAGGUACAGGCUGUGUGUCUCCUUGACAAGCACGGAGUGGAAGUCAACAUCGGAGAAGCCUACGAGAAAUAUCUUGACAAGUUUAAUAGCACUGGAGGCCUUAAUGGUCACGAUGUGGGAUAUGAAUGGUUUGAUUUCCAUUCGGAGUGUCGAGGUAUGAAAUUUGAAAACGUAAGGCGGCUCGUUGCUAAACUAGCUGAUACCCUGGAUGCUUUUGGAGAUACUGUGGUCGAGAACCACGGGGUUUUGAGGACCCAGUCAGGAAUUGUGAGGACUAACUGUAUGGAUUGCUUGGAUCGUACUGGUGUCACGCAGUGCGCCUUUGGCCAACGAGCCUUGGAGCAACAGCUAAAACAAGAAGGCUAUUUUAUUGACCUCCAAACCAGCACCACUACCCAGUGGUUUAAUAUUUUGUGGGCUGACAACGGGGAUGCCAUCUCUAGGCAAUAUUCCUCGACUGCUGCUUUGAAAGGAGACUAUACAAGAACCAGGAAACGCAACUAUCGCGGGGCACUAAACGACCUAGGCCUAACACUCUCUCGGUACUAUAACAAUAUUGUGAACGACUAUUUCUCACAAGCAUGCAUCGAUUAUUUGCUUGGGCUUGUCACGACGGGAGUAUUUGACCAGUUCGAAAUGGAACUUGAAAGCACAGACCCCGGGAUCUCAAUGGAAAAAGUCCAGCAGAAUGCGAUAGAAACAAGUUGUAAGAUCGUUAUUUCCGACGAUAAAGAGGAGCUUGUUGGAGGUUGGACCAUGUUGAGUCCUCACGAGCCGAAUACGUUGAGGUCCCUGCCGUUCGAACAGUCCGUCCUCUUGCUCACUAAUGCGGCCGUCUAUUGCUGUCGAUUCGAUUGGAAUACAGAGAAAGUUACGUCGUUCGAGCGCAUUGACCUCGAUUCUAUUACGAAAAUAAAAUACGGCACGUAUAUUACGUCUACCCUCACUGAAGCUCAGAUGGACGAGAAGCGAAAUGUGGGUAUAGCAAUUACCUAUAUGCCAGGAAAGAAAACCAUGUUGCGGGUCAAUACUCGUUCCCUCCAGAGCCUGAGCGAUCAAGCGCGAGCCGAAGGCGAAAGAUCCGCUUUAGACUGGGACCUAACUUCUCUUCUCAAGGGCCCCAGUGCACCGCCUUGUCGCCAUGUUGCCUUCAAGAUACCACAAACCACACCAGUCGCUCUCGCAAGCCCGAUGAAGGUUGUCGUAAGCGAACUAGACACAGCGCAGACCAUUUGCAACGAUAUCGAACGAACGGCAAGGAAGUCUCGGGGGCUAAGUCACCCAGAGGAGCUGUCGAUGGUCGAAGAAGCGAAGAUCAUAUCUCUUACCGAUGCAAAGAAGCAAACCGGAUACCUGGAGCAUCUGGUUUUUGACAUAAAGAAACUUGUUUGGGCUUAAUAGAAUUGAUAGCGAGCGGUUUUCCUUUUAACUAAUAUAUGUUAAAUUUAAAUUGCCAAAAAAAGGCAGUUUUGUUUGCAUAGCAGUACAUGUGUACACAGGCCAUUUUGUAUAUAGAAUCUGAAAAUCCCCAAAGACAAAUGGAUAAAUAGAGAGAGCAACGGUUGAAUGCAAUGUCCUGAGAAGC